UCUCCGAAUUCUUCCUAUUUGAGAUCCACGAUGGGUUUUGCUACAGAACGCGAAAAAUUGGUCUACACUGCUAAGCUGGCUCAGGAGGCAGAGCGAUACGAUGAGAUGGUGGAUGCAAUCAAGAUAGUUGCAAAUCUUGAUGUUGAAUUGACCCUUGAAGAGAGAAGCUACCUCUCUUUUGGGUACAAGAAUGUUGUUGAUGCUCGGAGAUCAUCAUGGAGGAUCUUAUCAUCAACAGAGCAGACGGAGGGGGCGAAAGGAAAUAAUAUUCACAUGAAGCAUCUAAAGAAAUAUAGACAGACAGUUGAAUCAGAGAUAUCAAUUAUUUGUAGAGAUAUCAUCUCAGUGCUUGAUAGUCAUCUCAUCCCUUCGACUUCAGAUGGUGAAUCAACUGUGCAUUAUCAUAAGAUGAAAGGAGACUUUUAUAGGUAUCUCGCAGAAAUCAAGGCCGGUGAUGAGAAAGAGGAGGCUAUCAAACAGUCGAAGAAAGCAUAUUUCAAGGCCCUCACUGUUGCAGAAGCUGAGUUGCCUCCUACAAAUCCCAUCCGUUUGGGUGCGGCUUUGCACUUGUCAAUCUUAUAUCAUGAGUUCCUGAAUAAUCCGGAGACGGCCUGCCGUCUUACAAAGAUAGCUUUUGAGGAAGGCACUGCUGAGAUUAAUACACUAAACAAUGAACCAUACAAGAAUACCCUCAUGGCCUUGAAACUUUUAAGGGAAAACUACAGCUUGUGGACUUCCCAACUUCCACAUUAAUGUGCACUGUUAUUUCAGGAGUUCUCAUGCAAAUGUAAGUUUUAGAGGAAUAGUGGUAGUUUUAAUUUAGAUUAGACCCUUCCAGUCUCCUUCCUCCCUCUACGACUUCUUCUAGGGAUAUAUUUUUAAUUGAAUAUUUUUUGUGUCUUGGUGUGAAUUGCAAACAAUUAUAUUUACAUUGC